AUGGCUUCAGUUAACAAAAACUCUUAUAUGACAACCAAGUAUCUGGCCCAAGAGCGGACCCAAAAUGUCACAACUCCAGGCGGCAGUCGCUCGGCGGAUCUGAUAGGGGCCAAAGAUGCGGACUUUGUGGCCAUUGGCCUUGGAGGCACAAACAUGCUGGCCAUGCUAUGGACCAUAGCCAUGGGUCGACGUGCUGUCGGGGUCGAACUUCGUGGCGAUCCUUUUCUAGGCGUACACUGGAACAUUCGCGAGGAUAUGUAUCAUCAGCUGGGACUGAUCGAUAAGAUGAUGCUGGACCGCUAUGGCCUCGAAAAUAUGCCGAAGAGACUCGAUGGAUCGCCGUUCACACUUGCCGGUCUAUUCUACUCUCAGUCAACAAUGUCCGGAAAUAUCAUACCAGGAUCAAUCAUCGAAGGGUACGACAAAACCCAUCACAUGGUUGGCGACAUUCAUGACAUCGAGUACAUUGAUGACCGUUGGAAAGAUGGACGACCGCAUCGUACUGUAACAUCUGUGCCACCCCCGAACAUGCCUACUGCGCCCGAUGCAAGAAAGAUCCGGACCGACAUGCGUGAAGUGCUUGAUGGACCGUCCACAUGGCAAGCUGCAGCCUUUUCUAUUCAGCUUCUUCUCCGGAGAUACCUCGAGCAGCUCGAGAAGAUUGAUCUGAACGCCGGAAGAACGCCUAGAUGCCGUCUGUUCUCCAAGCAUCGCGUUGUACAGGAUGGAAGCGGGCUAGUCCAUCUUCCUUGCGGCCGCGUCCAGAUCCGUAUCGAAGAGGUCACUGAAGUACAGUACCACAACGACCUCCAGCGCAUCCGCACACCAGGGAGCGACUUCAUCGAUCUCGGCGUCCCAGAGCUCUUUAGCAUCGCAACAGGCAUCAACUGCCGCGAAGCAGAAGAUCUAGGAUUCCAACAGCACGACGUAGAAGUCGAUCACGGCGACGGUCAAGGUCCCAAAGUCGCUCAAGCCGACUUUGUCGCCGGUCAAUUCAACAUCCUCGUCGACGGCCGCCUCCGCCGACGCAUAGCCUCAGAAUUCGACCACCAGGGCAACGAAACCUGGGUCCGCCAAAUUGCCGUCGGCCACGAAAACGACCCCCGCGUCUCCUGGCUCAUCGUCGAAGUGCCUGAACACAUCUCGCUCUGCCCAGCAGUCCGCGGCCUCGUGUGUCCCACCACUAGCAAAGACUCCGCCGAGUACUUCGCCGCCUACCAACUCCUCCUCUACGACUACUACAUCUCACAGGCCUCACUCAUUCUCGAAAUCUCGCCCGACGACCUCCGCCGCGUAGCCAUGGUAUACGGCCCCAAACCCUUCAGUCUCGUCGAGCGCAUCGGCAACGACGCCCGCAUCGCCACCAACGGCGUCGUCGCGGGUGACUCCUUUGGCAACGGCCAUUUCCUGCACUCCGCAGGCGCAAUGUGCGGCAUGCUGGGCCACGCCUAUCGCUUCCUCGAGUACUGGCAGCGCCGCGCAAACAACGCGCAUUGCGCCGAGUCUUCGAUCCGACUCCUUGCAGACCGCAUCAAGGCGGAUACAGAGGCGUUGCUGGAAGUCAGUGCCAAGGAGUUUAGCCAGGCGAUCCCGAGUAACUUUGGGGCUGAACGCGGAAGCAAAGUUGCGGCUGCGAGUGGGAUUGCGCAGGAUAAGAGGGCCAAAGUGGGCGGGAAGAGGUGUAUGAGGUGGGCGCAGGCGCCACUGAAUCCGGCGGAUUGGAGGAGGGUUUUUCUGAGGAAUGGAAGUACGUGGAGUGGCAAGUUGCCGAGGAUUGAUGAGAGGCAUCCUAAGGCGAGGAUGGAGAGGGCGAGGCUUUGA